GAACAGCCCCCCUCAUCUAUCAUUUCCAUCUACUCUCUCCAAAUUCAUCUUCUUGUUCUUUCUUUACCUUCUCUCUCUCUCUCCCUAUGUUAUCUUCUUGUUCUGCCAUUUUUGGAUUGGAUCCAGAAAUCUUAGAGCUUUUAUAGAGAGUGGGUUUUGUUGCAGACCCGUCACUUGAAAUUGGGUUUUUGGAACCAGAGAAGAAGAAGAAGAAUCAAUCAUGAAAGAAGAUGAUUUCAAUUGGGAAGAUGAACUUCUAUCUCCAGAAGAUCUCAUGCCCUUAUCUCAAACCCUAAUCACACCAAAUCUAGCCAUGGCAUUCAACAUCCGAAAUCCCAACAACAACAACAACAACAUCCACCAACAUCAACAUCAUAUUCAGCCGCCGCAUGUUCAAACCACAUCUUCUCUCCCCAAUUCAUCCGAGUUUGACUCAGCCGAUUUGGGUUCCGGCGGCGACGAUCCAGCAAGGACCCUGAAACGUCCUAGACUCGUUUGGACACCGCAACUCCACAAGAGAUUCGUCGACGCCGUUGCCCAUUUGGGUAUCAAGAACGCAGUCCCAAAGACUAUAAUGCAGUUGAUGAACGUUGAUGGGUUGACUCGGGAAAACGUAGCGAGUCAUCUCCAGAAAUAUCGGCUAUACUUGAAAAGGAUGCAAGGACUAUCCGCUGGCGGCGGAGGUGGUGGAGGAGCCGGCGGAGGAGGAGAUCCGGCGACAGAUCACUUAUUUGCUAGCUUACCUGUCCCUGCUCAAUUCCUGCAUCCUUGUAGACCCAAUUCAGAUAAUUUCAUUCCGUUUAUGCCACCGGUGUCAAGGCUGCAACAACAAAUGUCGACGACGGCGGCGGCCGGUGGAGGACAACAACAGCCACACCCUCCUCCUCAUCAGUUACAGACGCAGUACAGGCAGAUGGGUCAUUUUGUGUCGCCGCCGCCGGCAAAUGGGCAAUUCGAGCAUUUAUUUCUUAAUAGGGUUUCAUCAUCACAAGGAGUGAGAAUGGGAGCACCAUUGCAUAAUUCAUUGCCAUCAUCAUCUUCAUCAUCAUAUAUAGAUGAAAUUGAAUCAGCUGCUAAUGGGAGGAAGAAAGUACUCACCCUUUUUCCAACUGGGGAUGAUUAAAUUUUGUUUCUUUUUAUUCUUCUUUCAUAAUAAUUAGCAUCUCAAAUUAUUUUGUAUUUUGUGAAAAAAGAACAAAAAAAUAUCUUAGUUUUAAAUUGUGU